AUGUCGUCUACAACCACCACCACUAGCCGCCGUCGCGUCAACGGCAUCAAGAGAGAGCGCGAGUCACUCAAUUCACUUCCAUCUGACAACGAAGUCACUUCCGAGACCAACCAAAUCAGCCUGUACGGAUCAGGCAGCGGUCAUUCACUCGAUGAUGCUGCCACAGAUACGCCUGGCAUGGCACCUCCACUCUCCUAUCGUCACGGCCGUUCUGAUGCCCCCACGCCUAGCGAUCGUGCGGACGACGCUGAGCCGCUUCUGCGCGAAAUGCGAGUGGUCCCCAUGAUGCCGCCUCCCGGACUAAAUCCGCAAGAAGAGGGAAGCUUCUUCCAAGAGUCCUUCAGAGAUAUUGCCAAGAGACUGAAGGCCUUCAAUGAUGCCCUCGGAGAGUUGCAGCAACUCGGCGUUUCUCAUGAUGUCCAGCUCCCCGAGCUCGUUCUGGUGGGCGAUCAAAGCGCUGGCAAGUCAAGCCUGAUGUCUGGCCUCGCUCAGCUCGACUUACCUCGGAGCGAGGGCACAUGCACACGAUGCCCUCUGCAUAUUCGGGUGUCUAUGAAUCCGGAGUGGUCCUGCCGAGUCUGGCUCCGGAAGCAAUAUACUUAUGCGCCUCCGACGGAUCGCAACAUUAUGGAAUCGGACGUGACGGAUGCGGACCCCUUCUUCCCGUGGAAACAGCAGCCUACGACCGAUAUUAUCGAGUUCAAAACCAUGCAUGAGAACACUGAAAUUGAAGAGGUGCUCCGCUGGGCGCAAAUCGCCAUUCUCAACGACAACAAGAAUCCUGCCCUCUAUGUGCCAGGAUCGGGCUCCAUUGCGUCCAAUACGCCCAUCUCACUCGAAGCAGAUCGGACUCUGGCCAAAUUUUCACCCAAUAUUGUUGCACUGGAAAUCAAGGGUCCCGAUCUGCCCAACCUGUCCUUCUACGACAUGCCUGGCAUUUUUCAAAACCCGGCUGACGCUCGCGACGAUUACCUCGUGUCUGUCGUCACCAACCUAUCUAAAGCAUAUAUCCAGCAUCCAUCGGCAAUCAUCAUGUGCAGCAUGCCUAUGAACUCGGACGCCGAAAAUUCUUGCACGUUCGGUUUGACCAGAAAGCUGGGUGCCUCGGCUCGGACGAUCGGUGUUCUCACCAAGGCUGACUUGCUGAGUUCCGGUGGAAGCUACGACCAGUGGCUGUCUAUUAUGAAGGGAGAGGCCCAUAAAACAGGACUUGGAUACUUCAUCACAUCGCGCCCUCAAGGCAAGACACUCGAGGAGCUCAGCAAGUGGGAGGAAGCCAUGUUUGUCGAGCACGGCGUGGAAGCAUGGCCUAGCGAUUUCCAUCAGUUUAGUAGCCGAUGCGGGGUGGAAAGGCUUAAAACCUUCUUGUCAGAGAAAUUGGCGGAUGCAUUCGCAAGCAGUUUGCCAACUAUCAAACGCAAGGUCGCCAACCACCUGGAGGUGGUCAAAAAGAAGCUCGGUGCUCUUCCGGAGCUGCCUGACAACAUCGAACUCGAGGUGGAAAGCUGCCUAAUGGAGUUCUCCGAAAGCUGCCGUCAAGGCAUCGAUGAGCUAAUCAAGUUCGGAAGCAUCCUUCCAAAAGAUUUCCGCGAUUGCUUGCUACAUAUCAAACCAAAAUUCACCCUCAAGGAUAGGAGCGAUACCCCCGUGGUUGAGAUAUCCGACGACGACUCAGAUGCAGCUCCGCUGCCGACAGCAACCCCCAGCAAGCGACGGCAAGGUGUCGGACAAAUCACACCAUCAUCAAAGCGUGUCCGACUCGAGAAUAGCAACAACGUCCCCAACGGGCACGUCUCAAACCUCAAGCGAGAAGAAACAGCCAGCCCAUCUUCUUCUAUAUCUGCGGCAGCGCCUCGCGCGAAGAAGUUUAGGCCCCCUCCGCCAUUUACAGAGUAUAGCGCGCUGGGAAGUGGCUUCCGUACCCUGGCCCAAGUCAAGAAAGAUAUUCAAGGAAAAAUGCAGGCUGGUACACCUGACGUCAUCCCGCCAGAUGUCUACCAGGACAUGGCGGUUGAAUCCAUCAAGGUCUGGGAACAACCAACCCAUACAUUCUUGAGAGCCACCAUGGGGCAGUUGCACGAAAAGCUUCGAGAGAAGCUGGAUUUGUCAUUGCACCGUCUACGAAAAAGGCUGAUUUACCGCGAGACUGCCGAGCACCUAUUGCAGUUCCUCAAAGAGCAACUACAAAAGACACAGGAGAUGGCCGAUCUCGUACUUAAGCACGAGACUCGGCAGCUCAUCACAUUCCAAGACGACACUUUUAAGUUGUAUAAAGAAAUGGAGGAGAAAGAGCUCAAGUGGUUUCGACACCGAAUGCGAUGCCAAGCCCGCUUUCCUGAGAUGCCAGUCCGACCAGGCAACUGGGCGACCAUGAACGACGAACAAAGACUACAAGAAACGAGAGAGCAGGAGAAGGAGACGGUGAAGCUCGGUCCUGAUGCCUUCGCUGACGAGGUUAUGGUAGUGUCGUACGUUAGAGGCUACUACCGCCUCGCCGCGCUCAGGUUUGUGGACCGCAUGUCGCAGCUGACGCUGUGCGGCAUGUUGCCAGACAUUCGCAUGCGUCUCGACUUUGAGCUGCGGAGUCGACUUGACCUCCAGGGCGGCAACGCUGCCGCCGCCUACCAGCGCUUGAUGGAUGAAGACACGGCCACGGCGGCCAAGCGGGAGGCGCUGAAGUCCGAGCGGGAGAAGUUUGUGCGUGCGCUGGAGACGAUCCAGGCCCUCGAGGGCAACCCGGGCCUGGAUGAGAGCAUUUACGACGCAAGCACGGCGUCCGUUUCCUUCUUGGCACGAGACAGAGACAUACUCAUGGAGGACUCUCAGACGACAAGUGAGAUCGCUAGCGGCGAGGCUUAG